AAAUACUCUGAAACGUACUAGCAUAAUAGAUGAUUAUAAUAUUAAAUAUACAAUAUAUGAAAAAGCACGACUGCUGAGUCUCCACUAGCACACAAACAAAACACUUCUGUAUUAUUGUAUAUGACUUUAUGGUGCUGACUGUGAACACUGAAAACUCGAGUCACAGCGCACACAACAGCAUACCAGCACUUCCGGUGAUUAAAUUCAAAAUAAACAUCUCAACACGGAAGUCAUCAACUGAGUGAUGAAUCGACCUGGUGCCAGCGCCUCCAACAAGCGCACAUUUGAACCUGCUUCUUGUGGCGUGGUUGUGGAUUUGGUCUUUGUUCGCAUUAAAUCGAGCAGCGGACACGAAGCUCGGUGUGAACGGUUCAGCUGAAGAUUGAGACACAAUGGCGGAACCUGCUGGCCAAUCUUUGGUACUGCUGGCCAAUCUUCGGGACUGUAAGCGCUCCUCAUAAAGGGACGAGGGGAAUGGCUGCUCCUGCAGUGACACGCGGAUGCGCAGAGGAUCCGCCAGUAAAGAGAGCCACUGCUCUCACAACCCCUCUGCCAGCGUGACACGCGCCUGACGUCACGAGGCGUCGUCCUCCUCCUCCUCCUCCGUGGUGGUCACGUGACCUUUGGAGCGUACCAUAACCGCUGGAACGGAGGAUCUUGUUCGGAGCGUUCCCCGGCCUGCUGAACCGAACAUCAUGGACUUCAACGUGAAGAAGCUGGCCUCCGGAGCCGGGCUGUUUUUCACACGAGCUGUUCAGUUCACAGAGGAGAAGCUGGGCCAGGCGGAGAAAACCGAGCUGGACGCUCAUUUUGAAAACCUGAUGAGCCGUGCAGACUGCACCAAAAACUGGACGGAGAAAAUCUACAGACAGACUGAGGUCCUGCUGCAGCCCAACCCAAUUGAUCACACUGGUGCCAGAAUUGAAGAGUUUCUCUAUGAAAAGUUGGACAGGAAGGCACCAUCAAGAAUUACUAAUGGAGAGCUGCUGGGUCAAUAUAUGCAGGAUGCAGCAAGGGAAUUUGGUCCAGGAACUCCAUAUGGGAGCACUUUAACGACGGUGGGGGAAUGUGAGAGAAGAUUGGGAGCGGCAGAGAGGGAUUUCCUCCAGACAUCAACUAUUAGCUUUCUCUCUCCCCUCAGGAACUUUCUGGAAGGCGAUUGGAAGACCAUUUCAAAAGAAAGACGUCUUCUGGAAAAUCUGCGUCUGGACCUGGAUGCUUGUAAAGCACGUCUGAAGAAGGCCAAAUUGGCUGAGGCUAAAGCUGCGUGCGAGGGAGAAAUGGCUCCAGAUUUUCAAGAAACCAGACCCCGCAACUAUGUUCUUUCUGCCAGUGCCUCUGCGCUAUGGAGUGAGGAAGUGGAAAAAGCCGAGCAUGAACUCAGAGUGGCGCAAACAGAGUUUGACCGCCAAGCAGAAGUUACACGGCUGCUUUUGGAGGGCAUCAGUAGUACACAUGUGAAUCACCUGCGCUGUCUGCAUGAGUUUGUGGAGGCCCAAGCAGCUUUCUAUAAGCAGUGUCAUUUCCACAUGCAAGAACUACAGAAAGAGUUGGGAAGUUCAGAUGAAGAUGUGCUUCCCAAUGCUUUUGCACUGAACUCCACUCAAUCCAUGGUUGCUGCUGGCACUGCAGUAGAAGACAUCAGCAGCCCUGUAGAGAAAGAUACACUGAAGAUUGAAGAAGUACAGGCACCAGCUACAGGAACCCGCAAGGCUAAAGUACUUUAUGAUUACGAUGCUGCUGAUUCCAGUGAACUCUCCCUUCUAGCGGAUGAGCUCAUCACAGUUUACACAGUGCCGGGAAUGGACUCUGACUGGCUGAUUGGAGAGAGAGGAAACCAGAAAGGAAAAGUGCCUGUCACAUACUUGGAGCUUCUCAGCUAAAGAAAAACACACACACAUACACUCAUACACACAGUACACACACACACACACGUAAGUGUGAGUGGGUACUACUAAAGCCAUGAGUAUAUUUAAUUCACUUUCAUUAGUUUCUCACACAGUUGUUAACUUCUAUAGCACUCCUCCAGAUAGUAUAAGCAAAACUUAAGUUAAACACACACACACUCUUCCAUGUGCGUUUCAGAGAGUAAUGAAGUAUAUUCACUCCGACAGAUAAUGGAGACGCUGUUACAGUGAGUACAGGAAAAUCCCCCUGGGGGAUGGCUAACAUUCCUUGUUUGUUUGGUAGUUUAUUAUGACAAUGUUUUUUCCUAUUUAUUUCCUAUUUAUUGUUGUGCAUCCCAAAGGGUUCAAGUGGACUGUUCUAUGUUAGGAUGAAGUUGAGCUGUGACAAACUGUGACUGACAAAUAUCAUGAGAGGGAUUUUCAACCAAAUUCUAUUGUUGAUUUGUUUUUUAAGUGUCUUUUUUUGUCUCUUAAAUCUGCCUUUUUUCAUGAAUUCAGUGCUGAACAGUGAUGGGAACAAGUUCAAGACUUGUGACGCCUCCAAAAUUUGGAUCCACCAUAAUGGCUAGAACUUCUUUGUAUAAUUUCUGUUUAUUGUGUGUCAGGGAUAGAAGUGUGAGGUUGAUAGGAUCCGACUCUAAAUUAUGACAUCUUUGAGGACUUUAAUAAACCAAACAUGCAAUAAAAACUCCUCCCUGAUGACAAGUCUUAUUGUUAAUUUCGUCUCUGCAUGACAGACGCUCCUCAUUGAAGAAGUGAAAACAGUUGGUUUAACAGACAAGUAUGAACAUCAUCCAUGCAACUUUGUUGUUCAUUUUAAAUUCACGGAUAAGAAAGCUUCUGUUCUUUAACUUAAUAAUACCACAUGCACAGACUUAAAUCUCUCAUGUUGAAUCUUUUUUUAAUCCUUGAUGAAAGCAUUAGAUAUGACAAACUUUAACUUAACGUUACUGUUACCUAACUGUCAAAACAAUAACUGCAACAGCAAAUAAAGUUUUUCACAGAAUGGUUACCAUCCUUGACUUUUGGGAGGCAGAUUUGCCUUAACUGCUUUGAAAUGAAUGUAACUCUGCAUUAUUUUAUGUGACAAUACCAUUUUGUGGACAGUCAUUGAUUUUUGCUUCCCACAGCACUGAAGAUGUCUCUUAUACAAUAUGAAAACCUGUGCAGCAAGUUGUCAUGAACACUCCCAUCCUAGCUGCCUUAAGAGGAUGGGAAACACUGCUAAGGCCAUCUGCUGCAAACCAGAGAAUGUGCCCUUCAAAACAAUAAUGUCCAGAGACUUGAUGUACACCACAUACCGCAUGCAAGAGUCUUUUACUCUUCUAAUCAUGUGUUUGUGUGAUUUUUGGUUUGCCCUUAAGGGGUUUGGGGAUUUACAGUGUUCCUGUUUGUUGCUCUUAUGUCUGUUAAUAAGUGUCUUCAGUCUUAGUGCUGCAUGUGCUACAGCUAGUAGACUGUUCUGCUGGAAAUGUACAUGUGUAAACAACAAUAUGAUUUAGCUACUUCUGCUAAUGUGAGAUCUGGAACACCCAGGAUGUUUGCACUAAAACCAAUAUGCAUGCAAGCAAAUCAGGCCUCAGGAGCUUUUGUGAAAUGAGCACAGUAAUAUGAAGUGCAAGCAUCUGCUACCAGAGAGGUGAAAAUAACCAAAACCACGGCAGUCAGUGAGACGAAUGGGGAGAAUGGGGUCUAACGAUUCUUGUAGGUGGAGGAAUGGAUUCCUCAUCAUGUAUCCUGCUCUCUACUCUUUGCCCAGUCCACAGUUUUCUUUUCGAAAUGUUUUACUACUGCUGUUGUGAUUCUGUUGUAUCUCAUUUUGUUUUUUGUUUUUCCAAAAUAUGUAUUGCCUGUUCCUUUACCCUGAAUGAAUGGAAUGUGUAGAGUUUAAUAAAAAAAA